AUGACUCCACGCAAGGACUCCAUCCCCCAUGAGACACGCACAGCGGCAGAACCACGACAGAACAAACUAUACACUGUUCAUGUCGCGCGUCUCGAGCAAGUCAAUCCAUCCAUUCGACUGCUUCGGUUCGCACUGCCGCAAGAAGCGCCUGCGGACGAAACUGCCUUCGACGCCCAAUCCCAAGAGACAUUCUCCUUCCUCCCCGGUCAAUGGCUUGAUGUUCAUAUUCCCUCCAUCCCGCAAGCAGGCGGCUUCACCAUAACUUCCACCCCUGCUGAUGCCCUCCCCCUCCCCAUCCCCGAUCCCACCAUCAUCCAAGACGGGACUGAGAACCUAUCCCAUCAACAAGGCGAAUUCGGGACCGAGGCUGCGGCUGAUGGAAGGUAUCCGUAUGUAGAACUUGCGGUUCAGCAAUCACCAUCCAAUCCGGCGGCGGCGUGGUUGUGGAGACCACAUAAGGAGAUUCUGGGGUACCCAAGCCCUUUGAUAUCGAUACUCUCCCAUCUAACAGAAGACCAAACACUCAACCCUGCAAUCCCUCUUCCAGAGAGGUCACCUAAUCAUCCACUUCACAUCCGGUUUCUGUACUCGACUCAGAUCCCAGCAUCUUCCUCCGUGCUGGAUGAGAAGACGCUCGAUCAGAUCCUCUUCCUGUCACGACUACGCAACAUUCUGCAACGCACAAGAACAGUUAACAACCGGCCCGCAAAUAUCAAGCUGGAUCUGGACCUUUUCCUGACUAACCUCUCAUCCCCUACUGCGGUCGCACAAGCCAGCGAGAUAUUGAACAAGGUGACCGAUGGUAAUAACGCAUCCGACAGCAGGCCAUUCAUACGCGUUCUUGGCCAACGCAUCAGCAAAGACGAUCUUGACCCAAAGCCACAGCAGGAAGACACGGUAUAUUACAUCUGUGGCCCGCCGGCCAUGACGGACGAGUUCGUGCAGUACCUUGAACCGGUGGUUGGUAAGGAGAGGGUUCUCUACGAGAAGUGGUGGUAG